AUGAAGUACAACAUCCCAACCCUGAUGGCUUUCAGCCAGUCAACAGAAGUUGAUUGCAGAUGGACCUCGCACGCCUUUGAAUGUAAUCUGGUAAGGCCCAGAUCCACCCACAGAACAACACUCACAGCGACUACCUCCAACCACAUCAGCCCAGCUAGGAUUCCGCAGCCAGAUAAAGCUGGAAACCGUGGCAAUCCAGUCUCUCGUCGCCGAAAGGUCUCCCUGGGCGUGAUUUCACCUCCGUGUUGCCUUCAACGCCAGACAAGCUUCAAUCAGUUUCUGCAGACAUACUGCACCCCUAGUCUGUACCGCGUUACAGCGGGUGGCCAUAUCAUUCCAAUGGAGAGCUUUUUCGAUACUGAUUCUACAGAGAGUCUGCCCCUGGCAAGGCAUGUCGAGAAUGUUCACGUAGACAGGAGUCCGGGCUGGGCUACGAAUGACAAUGUGAACCGCAUCACAAUUGAUGCCACCCACGAUGUCACAAACAGCCUCACGAACGGUCUGAUGAACGUCCAGACGAAUGGCAUGAUGAACGGCCUGAUGAAUGGCCUCCCGAACGGCUAUAACAAUAACCUCACCAACGGCAUCUCCAACGGCAUCUCCAACGGCAUCUCCAACGGCAUCUCCAACGGCAUCUCCAACGGCAUCACCAACGGCAUCACCAACGGCAUCACCAACGGCAUCACCAACGGCAUCACCAACGGCAUCACCAACGGCAUCACCAACGGCAAUGCUCACGGUAUCAUAGACACUACUGUUACGAAUACCUUCAGCAUCGACGACUUGCUUGCCAACAUGACGAUCAACGCACAGCUGGAGAACGACUUUGGUGGUAAUCUGACUUUUGAUGACAUCCUUCAGCAAUCGAAUUUCGCUCUGAAUCCAGCCGUUGAUCCUUUCAUUCCAAUCAGCGAUGUAUUGGAUAGUAUGAAUGGGGCUAACGAGCCAUCUGUUCUGAGCGAUGUGCCUCUUAGUGUGCCUGUGGAAUGGAGCCCUGAAGGAUGGGCGCAUGUCUGGCCACCUCCAUUCCCAGCCCAACCAGAUCGCCAAUGGCACGAGCACGACACAAUCAGAGUGCGCAUCCAGGCCAUGGCCCUAACAAUCAUGAGCCCACUUCGAGUAGCCACCCAAUAUCCGGGACCAGUGAUGACUGGGAACCCCGGCUACCCUGAGACCCCCGCCACUCCACGGCCUGUGAUUUUCGAAGGUGUCACUAUCCGACGCCCACGUAUCAUUGGGGCCAACGGCGAGUACUGGAACGUGCUCACUCGAAUCUUCUGGAUUACCAACAGUGACCCGUACAACGGAUAUUAUGGCAGCAACGAAGAUCCUCUCGACCUUAAUCGAUAUGAGGGUCUACUCAGCACCUUGGCGGGGCAUGUCAGCGCCCCUGUGGACAGGUAUGACGCAUUUAUCCUGCUCCAUGCCAUUGAAUGGCUCCGAUAUCAUGAGCAGUUACUUCAGAUACUCCGUGCGAGCCCUUUUUUUGCUCCAGCACAUGACCCCAACAGCUUUGCUGCUCAAUGGUAUACAAGGGCGCACCGAUGUGCAUCUGAAACUAUCAGGCAGCUCGAAGAGACUUUCAUCAAUGCGCCAUCAUCUCCUGCGGUAGCUGAUUUUCACCGGCGUCUUAUUGCGUCAACUUUGUUUGCUCGGUUUCCACUUCCGCCGCCUCGUGAAGAGACUCUCACAAAUGGUGUUGACAGUCAACUUGGCGUACCCCACGAAAGCGUGCCUGAUGUGCUGCACACCCCACUGGUCAGUGGUGUGCAAAUCAAUUCUGACACGUUAAGCAUAGUCGACCAACAAGAGCGCGCCCCUCGGCAGAUCGAACCUGCGCAUGCUGAUUCCAAUGAAGCGACGGAUGAAGCUUCGACUAGCAGUUUAGACCAGGAACACCCCAAUGCUGCGGCCGAUCUGUUAACGAGCCUUAUCCAGGAGCAAGUCGUGACUGAGUCUGCUGCCCCAGUGGUUGAUGCUGAGGACAAUCGGUAUACUACACAAGCAGCGAGCAUGGAGGAAGAGGUUGGUGACGACAUUGAAAGUUCAAAGCAGUCGGGGAGUAAUAGCAACAUGCCUGCGCAGCAUGAUGGAGGCGCUUGUGACGUGAAAUUGUCUGAUCAGGACGGUAAAGGUGUUUGUGACGUGCAACAAAGUGAGCCAAGGCCGCGCAAAAACCUCGUCCUCUGGGUCGUGCCAGGUGUGCCUAGUCAUGUACCAAGCUUCCUCAAGGCAUUGAUGGUCACGGCAGGAGGUGCCUUGACAGAGGUAGUUGGGGGCGUCACCCGCGCGGAAUUCACGAGAGAGUCACCUGCGGAAAAUAUGAUGGCUCGUGUUCUCAACAAAAAAGGCCACCCCAAAGAAUGA